GCUAUACACACUAUUUUUUUUGCCGAGAACGUAUCAUCUGUAUUAGUGGUGUGGAUGACAGCUGCUGAAUACUGGCUGGGCAGUUUCUUGGAGCUAUCCAAGAAAACAACAAUCCAUUUCUCUUCAGUAUGCAAUUGUUUUUGUGACUCUCACAAACCAGGGCCAAUUUAAGAAGCAAGCCACAAUGCAGCGGUGCCCCCAUUCCCAGCACUUUUGGCACUGAGAGCAAUUUGAGAACAAUCUGAGGGCAUCUCACCAGAAGGUCAACGUGAUGACGGUCUGGUCUAUGGUGGAAAGGCUGAAAAUGGAGAAGAGGCACUCCCAAGACAAGAGGAUUGUUGAGCAAGACAGCAGGGAUUGCAGCACCGAAUCUGAAGAAUGGACAAGCUCUGAGAGUGACGGUGAGCAGCCUUGCAUCAGGAACAGCUCCAGCAACACCCUGCCCAGGGAGAAGGAUGUUCCCCCUCACAAGCCUCACCGGCAGCUUUGCCGCUCUCCUUGCUUGGAUCAGCCCAGCUUCUCCCAGAGCAGCCUUCUUCAGGAUUUAAAACUGGAAGAUGGUAAAGCGAACCCGGACAAAGAAUAUCAAGCCAAAAUUGAUUUCGCUUUAAAACUGGGCUACGCGGGGGAUCAGAUACAAGCCGUGUUGAACAAGUUGGGGGCCGAUGCUCUCAUCAAUGAUAUUUUGGCUGAACUUGUAAGACUUGGCAACAAGGCUGAGAAUGAAGGGCCAGCUAGCCUUGGAAGUAGUACUGCUCCCACGAGUGGAACGGCUGCCAAGGAGGUGACCAGCCCCGAGUUGUCCCUGGAGGAGGAUGUUGUGGACAGCUCUGACAACUUGAGGCCGAUUGUAAUUGAUGGAAGUAAUGUGGCAAUGAGCCAUGGAAAUAAAGAAGGAUUUUCCUGUCGAGGGAUUCAGCUAGCUGUUGAUUGGUUUCUGGAAAAAGGUCACAGAGAUAUAACAGUAUUUGUGCCAACCUGGAGAAAAGAACAGAGUCGACCAGACGCGCCUAUUACAGACCAAGAAAUCUUGCACAGAUUGGAGAAGGAAAAAAUUCUUGUUUUCACCCCGUCACGGAGAGUGCAAGGGAGACGAGUCGUCUGCUAUGAUGACCGCUUUAUAUUGAAGUUGGCCUAUGAGUCUGAUGGCAUUAUUGUGUCCAAUGACAAUUACCGGGACCUUCAGAAUGAGAAACCAGAGUGGAAGAAAUUCAUAGAGGAACGGCUGCUUAUGUAUUCCUUUGUAAAUGACAAGUUUAUGCCACCUGAUGAUCCAUUGGGACGCCAUGGCCCUAGUCUUGAAAACUUCUUAAGGAAAAAGCCAGUUAUUCCAGAACACAAAAAGCAACCGUGCCCUUAUGGGAAAAAAUGCACAUAUGGGCACAAAUGUAAAUAUUACCACCCUGAACGGACAAACCAGCCCUUGAGAUCUGUCGCAGAUGAGCUUCGCAUCAGUGCAAAAUUAUCUGCGGUGAAAACCAUGAGUGAAGGUGCCUUGGCCAAAUGUGGUUCAGGGCCAGCCUUUUGCAAAGGGGGUGAGAACAUUUCAGAAGUGAAGCGCAAUCCUCCGAAACGCCAGUCUGAUCCAAGCAUCCGGUCUGUAGCGGUGGAACCGGAGAACCGGCUGUCGAUGAUGCGGAAGCCUGAGGCCAGCUCUGUCCCAUCUCUUGUUACGGCAUUAAGUGUCCCAACGCUCCCACCUCCUAAAAGCCAUGCAGUUGGGGCCUUAAAUGCGCGGUCAGCGAGUAGCCCCGUGCCUGGGUCAUCUUCUCAGUUCAUCCAUCAGAAAUCCUCCCUAGAACACAUGACCAGCAUGCACUACCCUCCAAUCCUGGUCACCAACAGCCAUGGGGCUUCGAUCAACUACACGGACCCAUACCCCAAAUACGAAUCUUUGGGAGACCACGGCUAUUAUUCUAUGCUCAACGACUUUUCCAGUUUGAACAUUAGCAACAUCCAUAACACGGAUUAUUAUGGAGUUGAUCUAGACCAAGAUGUCUACUCAAGAAAUUCAAGUCCGUGUCCUGACAGUUGCUUAAGCCAUGCAAGUAAUGACUCUUACUCUUCGUAUACCGACCUGUACCUGGGGGUAGGAGAUGUGAGUUCAGAGGAUCACGCUAAAGUUCCUCGAAUUCCACCGCAAAACCGACUUCAGCCUUUUUCUCAUGGCUACCACGAGAGUUUAACUAGAGUUCAGAGCUACGGCAGUGAAAGGUCCAAACAUACUCCACACAAGCAUUCAGCUUCUCAUUUAGCACUACAUGUCCAACACCCUCUUGUUGGGGCUCGAUCCAGUUGCCCAGGAGACUACCCAGGGCCUCCAAAUGUUCACCCAUCAUCAGCCACGGCCCAACCGAGCCGUGCACUAGUUAUGACCAGGAUGGAUAGUGUUUCUGAUUCAAGACUUUACGAAAGCAACCCUACUCGGCAGAGGAGGCCCCCACUCUGUCGAGAGCAACACGCCAGCUGGGAUCCGUUACCAUGUGCAACCGAUGCCUACUCUUACCAUUCCUAUCCCUUGAGCAACAACCUCAUGCAGCCGUGUUAUGAGCCCGUCAUGGUGAGGAGCAUGCCUGAGAAGAUGGAACAACUCUGGCGUAACCCUUGGAUUGGGGUUUGUGGGGAGCCCCAAGAACCUUGCGUCAUCCCAGAGCAUCAGUACCAGACCUAUAAGAACCUCUGUAAUAUUUUUCCUGCUGGCGUCGUCUUGUCCGUGAUGGAGAAGAAUCCACACAUGACUGAUGCACAACAGUUGGCAGCUAUGAUUGUUGCCAAAUUGAGAACAGGACGUUAGCAGGGUAUCCCUUUGGAUUCUUGGAGAGAAAUACUGACUACACCAGACCAGCAUCCUGCAGGAGGUCCCCGUGAUCCUAUAGAGAUAUUCUCUAUUUCGGGAAUAGUUUCACGCUGUGGUAUACCAUUCUGUACAUUGUUUUGGCAUUUGCACUGAAUAUGUGGUUGAAGAAUUCUGUAAAAAGCAGAUUGUAUUACAAGUAAGUAUUAAAUAAUUUUUUAAAGCUGGGAUUUUUUUAAAAAAAGGUGUAUUUUACAGGAAGUGCAUACUUUUUGCAUGGAUAUAUAUUGUUUCUUGAAUCCAAAAGGUCCUAUGUUUGAAGUGAGUCCCUCAAACUUAUUAGCAAUUAUAUUGCAUGAGUGAAUUUUGUAGUUUCCAGUGUUAACUGACAAGGUGCUCCAAGGAAAAUGUGCUGUGUACAUUUGAACAUCCUCACACACUGAAGGUUGGCCUGUUCUGGUCCAUCUCUUUCAAAGAGCUUCCCCGAAGCCCCAUCAGUUGCUGUGUCUUAGUGGUUCACGGUGAGCGCUUCUGAUCUGAACAACUCUCAGUGCUCUGGCAACUUAGGUUUGUGCUCACUGGAGAAAUCUUUACUCUCCAAGUGAGGAAAAUAGAAACACAGAUUGGGGGGCGUGGGGGGGCUCAUUGCAUGGAUGCACAACUAAUGGGGUGCUUUGGAUUUGGGGGGAGGUCUUUUAGAUCAUGCCCUUUGGGACAAGGCCACCCAUGUCAAACAAUGACAUGAAAGCAAGUAGGACCAUUCUCAGCUAAAUCUUAACCAUCCCAUUUCCAUAUAAAUCUUGUUAAAAUUGGCAGGUGUGGGUUUUAAAAUAUGAUUAAUUGUACAGUUCAAUUCUUUACAAUCCAGAGGUGGUAGGUAUAAUUGUAGCAUCGCAGAUCAAAUUUCACAUUUCAGUUUAGCCCAAGUACAACUAAGUACAAAAUGAGUAAACAUGUUUUUUUAAAAAGAUUAAAUGUUGAUUAUAAAAGAUGGAGUCGAUGCUGUACAAUUGAUAAACUUGUUUCGAUUUUUCACUUUCGGAUCCAUGCAAAGGUAUGCAUUUGCUUCUUUGGAGCUGUUUGACUGGCUCAAAUCAUCUCAGCAAAUGUUGGGUAUUUUUGCUCAAGAACGGGCAACUUUGUAGCUAAAUGUCUCCCCCUAAGAGACAUUUAUCCAGGUGUAGUAGCUUUUCCAUUUUCUUUUUUUAAAGCUGCACUGAGUGGACACCCUUUUUAAAUCCAAAUAUGUCUUUGAACAUUUUGAACCAUUACUAACUCGAUAUGUCUCGAGCUAGGACUUGUUGACUUCUACUGUAGUUUUUUUCAUGAAAGUCGAGAAGGCCGAGUUACUGGCCUUUGGUUUCUUCAUGAGAAGGUGUGACACUGCCUAAAUGUUUCUGACUAGGAAACACGUGGAACGCGAGGCUGCCGUCAGGGUUGUUUCUGGUGUUUUGAGAAUGGCUCCUAAGCUGCUUUCUGAAUUUUUGUUUUCAGACCCAGGGGAUUGGGGUGUGAGGGAUAGUCCAAAGGGUGUUUCACAUUGCCGGAAUAAUUGCCAGUAAUGCCCAGAAGGUCUGCUUUAUUUUUGUUUGGCAUCAUAUAGGAUAUUCAAAGUGGAUCUAGACAGGGGUGACAAUCACUAACCGGCAGGGUGGUGAUUCUAUCUUGGGAUCCACAAUAAGCAUAAUUGUGCAAUGAUACUAACAAGAAAGAACUUGUUUAGAUUAUUGAGAUUCUGCUGAAUAUAUUAAAGAAGGCUGCCUAGGGGCAGCAUCUCUCCAGGGUAGUGUUUCUCCACCUGGGCAACUUCUAAAAAGUGUGGCUUUCAACUCUGAGAAUUCCCCAGCCAAUAUGAAUUCUGGGAGUUGAAAUCCAUUCGUCUUAAAAUUGCUAAGUCUGAGAAACACUGCUCUAAAGAGAAGAUGGACAGUAAUUCAUCCUAACAACUUUCCAACCACAAGAGACUGUGUCACCUGCCUGUAGCAUGUUUGCUCUUCCACAGGGCUGUCUUCUGAUUUUAAAGACAAGCCUGUAGGAAAAUGGUGGUGGAUCAUCUGACACCCUGCAUUUGUCAUGGUACAGCUUUUUUCAAAUUGCUGCUGGCACACGGUGGCUUUGUCUGUUGUGGCUGCUGAUUAGAUUGAGUUUGGGUGGUGCACCAUGCUUUUAUCCAGUGCUUUUAAGAAGCACCAAAGAAAAAUGCAGAUUAGCCCUUUGGUUAGUCUGCCCUGAAUAUUCUUCGUGAUAUUUGGCCCUUUAGUUGUAGAAAAGCCCAACAACCUUGAGUUAUCUAGACCCUUUUAUCAAUGAGGACAAAACCCACUUUUUGGGGGGGAGAUUUCUUCUCUUUUAAAAGUAGCUGAGAGCAACACCUCAAAUAACCAGAAACGACUUUUUGUUUGUUGAUACAAAUUGUAUCUUUCUUGAUUGUAUAAAACAUGUAUAAAAGCCAUCUCUAGAUUAGCUCAAUAUUGUAUUUUCAUCACUAUGUUUGUGACACUGUGUGUCAAAGGGGAGUAGCUCAUGGAGGAUUAUAAAUCUUUUUAUUUAAAAUGGGCACUUAACAAUUUAUAGAAACAAAAAAGGCAAAUUUUGAAUUCCAUUUUAUUACUAUAAUGCGCACCGCUAGUGUGUGUACAUUUAAGAGCAUUAUGCUGCAUAAAUUAUAUAUUGUCUAUUUAUUAAUACAUUCUUGCAGAGAAUUUUUUGGUAAAAUACUCAUGUUAAUAAGGCUUAUAUUCAUAUUUAUACAUGGCUAUUGAUAGUCAAAGUGCUGUAUAUCCCGCUUUUGUUUUCAACAGGAUCAUUAUAGAAGUAUGGCUUUUCAGUUCAGUGUUGAAAUUUUGUGUGCUCAUAUUUUUUUUUGCAUGGAAUCCAAUUUCUAUAUGCAUAAAAUAGAUGUUUUCCAUUUUAUCUCUAUUAUAAGAUAAUCUUGUAGACAACUGUAGCAGAAUCUUUCAGCACACCAAAUGCUGAACAAAAGCUACUGUUUUUUUUAAAUUAAGGAUGAAAAUAUUUUACUGUCAGUAAAAGCUAUAUAUUAUAUACUAUAUAUUAGGAAUAUAUUAAAAAUGUUAUAAGUCUCUUGUGUGCUUUUUUGAGAAGUAAUGCUAUGGAGAGUAAGUGGUGUACUAUCAGUAGCACCUCUUUUCCUCAAGGAAGGAAUUAAUUAUUUUGUAAAAAAUGAUUUUAAAAUCUAAUCUGUAAAAGCAAGGAGUGAAUGGCAAUUUUAUAAUAGCGUCUGGUUUUUUUUUGCUGCUAAUUAUUUUUCUCUGGAACUGUUGUAGCAUUUGUUAAAUCAAUGUACUUCUUUCUGUCUGGACUUUUUAAUACCAGUUCCAAACUGACAUUUCACUGCCUUCAUCUCUCAAUGCUAAAUUUCUUCUUAUACAGAAGGGAU